CUCUGGGCAGGCGGCUUGUUGAUAAUAUGGCGGCAGGGUCUUCCUGGGCAUCUCGAGUAGGCUGUGGGGCCCACAACUGGAGGAAGGGUCUCUUUUCGGGCUAGUGCGGCAGCCUCUGCGGACCCGGACGUCCGGGCCUGUUGCUGAAUGAGGGGAGCCGGGCCCUCCCCGCGACAGUCCCCCCGCGCCCUCCGACCCGACCCGGGCCCUGCCAUGUCCUUCUUCCGGCGGAAAGUGAAAGGCAGAGAACAAGAUAAGACUUCAGAUGCCAAGUCAGUUAAAGCCUCGAUAUCCGUACAUUCCCCACAAAAAAGCACUAAAAAUCAUGCCUUGCUGGAGGCUGCAGGACCAAGUCAUGUUGCAAUCAAUGCCAUUUCUGCCAACAUGGACUCCUUUUCAAGUAGUAGGACAGCAACACUUAAGAAGCAGCCAAGCCAUAUGGAGGCCGCUCAUUUUGGUGACUUGGGCAGGUCUUGUCUGGACUACCAGAUUCAAGAGGCCAAAUCAAGCCUUUCAAAGACCCUUGAACAAGUCUUGCAUGACACUAUUGUCCUCCCUUACUUCAUUCAAUUCAUGGAACUGCGGAGAAUGGAGCAUUUGGUUAAGUUUUGGUUAGAAGCUGAAAGUUUUCACUCUACAACGUGGUCCCGAAUAAGAGCACACAGUCUGAACACAGUGAAGCAGAGCUCAUUGGCUGAGCCUGUCUCUCCAUCUAAAAAGCAAGAAACUGCAAUAUCUUUUGUAAUGGAGUCUCUUGACAAGGGAUUAGAGGAUUCUAGCUCAGCCCAGUUGCUUAUGACUCGAUCAGAAGGAACUGAUCUAAAUUAUAGAACUAACAAUUCCCAGAAUCACUGGUUUCUUUCCCAGGAAUGUGACAGUGCCCAUUCUUUCCACCCUGAAAUGGCCAGAAGAGAAGCUCAGGAAAUUUCCAUGGAAACCCAAGAAUCUUCCCCAAGACUUAAAGUAGCCAGGACAAAUACUCUCUCUUCUCCACUAAAGGAAUUAUCAGAAAAACUAAUGAAAAGUAUAGAACAAGAUGCAGUGAAUACUUUCACCAAAUAUAUAUCUCCAGAUGCUGCUAAACCAAUACCAAUUACAGAAGCAAUGAGAAAUGAUAUCAUAGCAAAGAUUUGUGGAGAAGAUGGACAGGUGAAUCCCAACUGUUUUGUUUCAGCACAGUCCAUAGUCUUUAGUGCAAUGGAGCAAGAGCACUUUAGUGAUUUUCUGCGAAGUCAUCAUUUCUGUAAAUACCAGAUUGAAGUGUUGACCAGUGGGACUGUUUACCUGGCUGACAUUCUCUUCUGUGAGUCAGCCCUCUUUUAUUUCUCUGAGGUAAAAUCUGCAUUUCCUUUCAUAUUGUUAGAACAUUUCAGUCUCUAA